UCAAUUAGUGGGGUUUCUUGUUGGAAGCACUGAUUUCAUACAGGGAGAUUUCUUUUUAGAGAAAAUCCGGCCCUGUGCAGGCAGGAAACUCUUUGAAAAUCUAAUGAAGAACACACCAGUCAUGCAGCGUUUUCAGUCUCAGAGCAACAUUGGUUAACAAAGCUCCUCUUCUGCGUCUCUUCUGCUAAAAGCUAGACCGUGGUGGCUGUAAGUGUAGCCUGCACUAUCAGUGUUGGACAGUGUCCAGCCAAAGAGGCUCUUUGCCCUGCCCUCAGGCCUCUUCAGCUCGUGGAUCUCCGUGCGGAGGAACGCCUCUUUGGUGGCUGUGACAGGGAGAAUUAGGCAAGAGAUGCGGGUUCACUUGCCCUGCAUAGGGGCUUAUCUUGAGCUAAGCUGAGGGACUAAUAGCAAAGCCAGCCUCUGCUCCAGCCGGUCUGAGGGCACAGGGAACCAUCUGUCCACUCUGUGGAUAACUGACAACAAAGGGGGCAAACAUUGAACACGGACUGCAAACUUCAAGGCUCUUCAUUUAGGUGCAAAGCAGAAAUAAAGAAGAGGAGCAAGAGUUUUGUUUAUAAGAGUGCUAAUUUUAAAGCUUGGAAAACGCAGAAUGUCUGACAAGGAAGACAUGGCUACAGAUGGAAAUCUGAAUGUUACACUGACACUGAGGCUGCUGAUGCAUGGAAAGGAAGUAGGCAGCAUAAUUGGAAAGAAAGGAGAAACAGUAAAGAAAAUGAGGGAGGAGAGUGGUGCACGAAUCAACAUAUCGGAGGGAUCAUCACCGGAGAGAAUAGUUACCAUCACAGGGCCAACAGAAAGCAUUUUCAGAGCGUUCUCCAUGAUCGCACAGAAGUUUGAGGAGGAUAUUACUGCAGCAAUGACGAACAGCAGCGUGACAAGCAAGCCACCUGUGACACUUCGCCUGGUUUUCCCAGGGAGCCAGUGUGGCUCACUGAUUGGCAAAGGAGGCUCAAAGAUCAAAGAAAUCAGAGAGACCACAGGCGCUCAGGUUCAGGUGGCAGGAGACAUGCUGCCGGACUCCACAGAGAGGGCUGUCACAAUCUCCGGCACUCCACAAGCCAUUACUCAGUGUGUAAGACACAUCUGCUCUGUCAUGCUGGAGUCUCCACCAAAAGGAGCAACAAUUCCCUACCGUCCCAAGGCUAUGCCUAUACCUGGGGCCCACGCAGUUUUGGCUCCACAACACUCAGCACAAGCCUUUGCACUACCAGGGCAGUAUGCGUUCGCACAUCAGGAUUUGACCAAGCUUCACCAGUUGGCUAUGCAGCAUAUCCCCCUCCCUUCCCUUGGGCAGAGCAACCCUACCUUCCCUGGUACGUACCCACGGCUCCCCGGGGAAGUCCAUCUAUUCCCCUGUCUUCACUCCUCUUCGAAUCACAUCUUCAAAACAACACUUUCACAUCAGACUUCAGAGAGGAUCAAGGAUGUCUCCAUUUUUCCAGAGUUUAAAUACUCUCACUCAGGAUUGGAUGCAUCUGCCCCCACAAGUUCACAAGAGCUGGCAAUACCCAAUGAUUUUAUUGGCUGUAUAAUUGGGAGACAAGGCAGCAAGAUCAAUGAGAUUCGCCAGGUCUCUGGAGCUCACAUCAAAAUUGCCAGCGCAACUGAUGGAUCAGCCGUGCGCCAAGUCACGAUCACAGGCUCGCCAGCCAGCAUCAGUGUGGCCCAGUACCUCAUCAAUGCCAGCUUAGAGAUGGCUAAAUACACCAUGCAGGCCGCUUCCUCUGCGACCCCAGUUGACUUCAACAUGAGCUUCGCUCAAUCUCCCACUGCCUCCACUGCUGCUACCUCUAUGGCUGUCUUGGCAGCCACAUCCCAAGCCCCCACCACCAUUAACGUCCACACUCCCUCCACCUUAUCAGCCAUCCAAAACCCACACUACGCCGUCCCUGUUUCCAGUCUGCUUGGCAUGAAAACUCUCCCUGUCCUGGCUGUCCACUCAGCAGCUGCUUCCAGCCUAACACAGGGUUUAUCCCCUUACGCUGCAAAAAUGCAAACCUCUGGCAUCAAAAAAUCUGAGAGGCAGAAGUUUGCUCCUUAUUGAUGACAGUGUAGCUGACAGGUAAAACAUUAUUAAAUGAUGAGAGAAUACUUAAAACUUGGCCAUGAACUGGCUAAAAAGUAGCUUAUACUAGUGUGUGUAAGUUUUGCCAGUGUGGCACUUCUUACUGAUAAACCAGGAGAAUAUUAGAAAUAUGUCCUCAAUUAUUAAAACAGGUACCAGAUGUGCAUAUAUGCUCAGUAUUAUCUUAAGGGUGUGCAUAACAUUUAAUAAUGCUAACUCAGACUUGUAUGACUAUCAUAGAAAAAGAUAUUUUUUCAAAUGGACUCAUUUCAGAGCUUUAUAAGACUUAAACCAGGAGAGGUAUUUUCCAUGAUGCAAAUGUUGACUUAGUUGUCUAUCUGUAUAAAUAGUUUUUGUUAGUUAAUGCAAACGAGUAUCAUUAGAUGUGGUGCUCUGUUGGCAGCAGGCUGUUAAAUUGUUUGUCUUGUACAAUAGAAGUCAGUGUGUUAAAAUAAAGGAUCGCUCUACUCUCUUGUCAUCUUAACCUUUCCAUCACCAUAGGCUCUCAUCAACGCUAACAGGCUUGGGUGUUCUGUAGUAGCGUUGCACUGUAGCAGUUCUGAUGGGAUUAUCCUAAACCCACAUUGGAUUCUUGUGGAUUUCUCUCUACACAGUAUUUCCGUAAGGCAGGAAAGGCCUUACAAACUCAUUUAUUGUUUCUGUACGCCACCUUGUUUAUUCUCCAACCUAAGAGAGUGGAAGGCUUUGAAAUUCAGUGGCUGAAAUGGACGCUGAGCAAUUAUUGUAAUAAAUGUUUUAUUCAUGUUUUUGGUGGGGGUCUACUCCCAAACAAUGCAGAAUUGUAAUAUUUGUUGAUGAAAUGACUU